AUUUCGCUUAUUUUACAUCUAAGGAAGUACUAUGUUUCUAUGGUACCAUCAAUUAUGGAACCAAAAAGGAAUACAAUUGCAGAAUUUUGGAAUGGAUGCGAAUUGAAUCCUCGCAUUUUUUCUAUUUUUGAUGUCAAGCUGAUUUAUUAUAGAAUGGCAAUUUUGGGAACGAUUUUAUUGUUGACAGCCUAUGUACAUGAAGACGCUUGGAACCUUAUAAGAAAUGUGUUAUAUGGUGAAGCCACUGAUUACAAUUCUACCCUAAUUCUUGUAACUGCUCUGAAUAUUUUUUUUCAUUUGGAUUUGGUGUUUCAUGAGAAACAACUGACUGCCACUUUUGAAAUUCAGAAUGAGGGUACUGGAUUCAUGUUAUUACUGAAGGACAAUCUUUAUCCAUUUGUCACAGCUUUUCCUGUGAAAUAUAUACUAUAUCGAAACAUAAGAGCACCCUCUAUAGCAUUAGCAUUUAUCAUAGGCAUGUUUUUUGUUGGUUAUUUGCUGUUUCGAUAUAAUAAUAACAUGAAAUAUGCUGUUCGAAUUAACCCAGCUGAUUACAGAAUUAAUUAUAAAGAUUUAUAUAUAACUUUCUCUGGUAAGAAGCUGCUUCUUGCUAAAACAUGGGGUUUUGUUCGGCAUCCUAACUAUUUGGGACACAUCAUCGUUUUAGUUACAUUUAGUUUUGCCUUACUCUGGAGUGCACCUUUCAAUGUAAUAAGCUUUUUGCCACUAAUUAUUAGGGUAAUAUUUCUACUACACCGAGCUGCACGAGAUGGUCGCCAGUGUGAGAAAAAACAUGGUGCCAGUUGGACGAGGUACUGUAAUGUGGUAAAAUAUAAGAUAGUACCACAUAUAUAUUAGUAAAUUGAAGUGAAAGAUAAAAACUCUUAUAUUUA